AUGAUAUAUCCACCAGUAAGCGAAAUUGAGCCUCUUCUUUAUUUAGGCUCGUUGCAAGGAGCUAAAGAUAAAGAGUUAUUAGAAAGCAUAGGAAUCCAAUGCAUUGUACAAGUAUUAGACGAAAUCCAUUUGGAUUCUUUAUAUGAAACCAUGGAUUAUUUAUUCAUUCCCCUCGCCGAUUGGACGAGCUCUAAUAUAGUAAUGCAUUUUAUAUUUUAUUAAAUUAAAUUUGAUAAGCGCUGGCAAAGCCAGCGCCAAUUUUAAAUAUAAAUUAGUUUUUUAAAAAAGAAUGGCUAUGAAUUAAUUUAUUUUUGUGCAUCAUACCAAAUGCAUUGAAGUUUAUUCAUCAAAAUAUAAGCCAAGAUAAAAAGGUGUUCAUACAUUGCGCUGCUGGGGUCUCCAGAAGCGUGUCCAUUGUAUGCGCCUAUUUGAUGGCGAAAUAUCAUAUUUCAUAUGACCGAGCACUAAAGGAGGUUAGAAAUAGAAGAUGAUGCGCAUUGCCAAAUCCUGGUUUUGCCAGGCAGCUAAGAAAUAUAGCUUUAUAUUUAUUUUACAUCAAGCUUUUGCAAGAAAAAUCUAGACUAUUUUUUAAGCCCAUACCCAUAUAAAGAUUUCUUUAUUGAACCAAAUGUAAUGGGCGGUUUUAAGAUUAAGACAGACUCUAUCAAAGUAACGAGUUGGAUCUUAUACCGAAAGCGUUUUAAAAAUUAGAAUACCAAAAAAUGGUUGGCAAGUGUGAAAAAAGUUGGCAAGCAAACGUACCAAUUUUUAGAAUAGCUUUAUUAUUAAAUUUAAAUUUAAGAUAAUCUUUUAGACUGGAGAUAAUAAAUAUUAAAAAUUAUUAUGAGCCCUUAAGAGCUUCACAGCGUGCAAUACAAACUUUGGAUUUUAUAAAGCAAUUGAUCAUAAUCAAAUUGGAAUUGUUUAUUUAAAAAAUCAGCACGAUUGAUAAGUUUUUAAUUUUUAAAUCCAUUUAAAUUGCUAAAGAGUAUCAUAUAUUUAAAAAUCUUUUGAAGUUAAAUUCUUCAGAAAGAGAGUAAAAUAAGUAAGAUAUUAAUAAAUCCCACUCUAAACGGUAUCUUUAAUUAAAAAUUAAUUUAAUAAUAAAGCCAUUUUAAAAUUGGAGCGUUUGCUUGCCACUUUUUUCACACUUGCUAACCAUUUUUUGACAUGCCACUUUUUAACACUUCCUUGCAUAGAGAUCCAGCUCGCCCUGCCUUGGUCGUUCAACCAUCCAUUACAUUUUGCUCGAUAAAUAAAUCUUUAUAGGAUGUGAGCGAUGUACUAAAUAGGCAAAAGGCUGAAGGAAAAUAACUUUGGAUUUAUAUUAGUUUGGAUGCUCUUAUUUCUUAUAUUGAUAAUCCAUAA